AUGACCAUCAUUCUCCAAUCUCAAACCCAACGAGAUCAUUCGAAAAUAUUCAAAAGCUUAGGCCUAGCAGAGGACGUAAAAGCGAUCAACGUAUUCGCAUAUCUUCUUUCAUCCUUUGUUUCGGUCUCAUCCUUAGUCUUUAUCAGUGCCUCCACCAGCUUCGUUUUGACCACUAUCAUCCAUUUACCUUCGGAUAGAAUCGGCCGAACUAAUGGGGCGUUGAUUUUGUUGGACGAGCUGGUCGCUUUACCCGCUGUUUUGGUUUGGGGUCGACUAGCUGAUAUUUAUGGCUAUCGUACGGUCACUGUUAUUGGACAUUUGGCAAUUGCAAUUUCUCUGACAAUAUAUAUCCAGUCACGAUUAGAAUAUCAACUGUUUCUAUCUCGGAUUAUUCUCUCGAUCGGUUUUGCGGCUUUGACGACGAUGCUGAGUACGAUUCUCGCCUCGAUGACUGCCUCGCGUCUUUCACCACCGAUUCCCGCGGUUUGCGAAGAACCUGUGGGCAAUAUCGAGGGGCAGAUAAAUUUGUUAUCCAGGAUCAGGAAACGCUCUUUGAUCUCAGUCAAUCCAAUCAUCAUUCAUCGGUCGAUCUCGCGCUAUUUAUUGCUGAAUUCGAGACGUAGUUUUGUCUUUUGCGAUGCCUCCUAUUUUAGCACUGAGUCACUCUCUGUGCGAGAAAUGGUGUGGCCGAUGAAGAUUCCUUCGUCGAACCCUUCAACUCAUUGGAAACAAUCGAUCCUAGCACUUCUGUUAGGGUUCAAAUUGAUCAAACAACAUCGUCAUUUGAUCGUAGCUUAUGCUUCUGGGUUCGCUGCCCGUGCAACGACAAUAGGUGUUACCGCCUAUAUCCCCGUCUUUGUAAAUCAAUACUUUAUAUCGACAGGACAAUGUCAACUCGAUAGACCAGAUGCGCCACCUGAUGAAGUGAAAAAGGGUUGUCAUGCUGCGUUUGCUUUGGCGAGUGCUCUCACAGGAACUGUCCAGCUGUGUGCGCUAUUACUAUCACCUGUUGUAGGAUGGAUGGCGUCGGUCUAUCCUCAAGCUAGAAUCCUUGCCACCUCGAAUCUCUUGAGUGCACUGGGAUUUAUUGGAUUCGGACUGCUUCCCAGGCCAAACCAUUUCUUAGUCUGGCCGAUAUGUAUCUUACUCGGCCUGUCACAGAUCACUGGGAUUGUUGUGUCUCUGAGCCUCUGUGCCAGUUGUCGAUGGCAGAUCUUCCAUUCCGAGUCCGCUAUCUCUCGUCAAACUGAAUCCACCCCGUUGAUCUCUGAUCCUCCCCAGUCCAAUCGAGCACCAUGGCAGGAAAUCAGCGGUGCCAUAGCCGGCGUUUACUCCUUGUCCGGUGGACUUGGAAUCCUCGUCGGAUCCUUUGGUGGGAUCCUUUCUGAUUGGUCACCUCGAGCUCCUUUCUAUCUCACUGGUGUAAUAGCUUUUCUAGCCUCUCUGGUUUGCAUUCUUGUCGGCCAUUCAGUAAAUAUUUGA